CAAUCGCAAGGCGUAUUGCUGAAAAGUGCGACGUAAGGACGGUGGACGUCUGCAGGACCCAGGAAUGCUGAAGCCAUGGAUCACUGAUAUAUGCUUUGCAACAUGUUUUCAAUGCUUUUUCCAGGAAGCCCUGCAGCUACCCUAAAAAUUGAAUGUGUUGUAGAACAGACCUAUGGCCAGGCCAUAUGACAGCACUCACUCUUGCUGGGGCUCCUGCUGUGUGUCAACUGCAGCACCAUCAGGCACGUGUCGCCUUCUAACAGCUGGAAGAAGUCCUUACUCUCCAUGGAGGUGCCAUUCCCUUUAGCACCAGUGGCCAAUGGUGACAGAGUCUACAUAGAACUAUGCUUCGUGGUAUUCUGGGAAAAACCUUUCGACUUGUUGGCUAUACUAUCCAGUAUGGCUGUAUAGCUCAUUGUGCUUUUGAAUACGUUGGUGGUGUUGUCAUGUGUUCUGGACCAUCAAUGGAGCCUACAAUUCAAAAUUCAGAUAUUGUCUUUGCAGAAAAUCUUAGUCGACAUUUUCAUGGUAUCCAAAGAGGUGACAUUGUGAUUGCAAAAAGCCCGAGUGAUCCAAGGUCAAAUAUUUGUAAAAGAGUGAUUGCUUUGGAAGGAGACAAAAUGCUCACCAAAAGUCCAUCAGAGUUCUUUAAAAGCCAUAGUUAUGUUCCAACAGGGCACGUUUGGUUAGAAGGUGAUAAUCUACAGAAUUCUACAGAUUCCAGGUACUAUGGGCCUAUUCCAUAUGGACUAAUAAGAGGACGAAUCUUCUUUAAGAUUUGGCCUCUGAGUGAUUUUGGAUUCCUACGUGAUAGCCCUAAUGGCCACAGAUCUUCUGAUGAUUAACGUGCAUUUAGCCUUUUCACUUGAUGACUGUCUUCUGUUCAAGUGAAUUUAUUAUUCACUGAAACCAUGUAUUCACUAAUAAACUGUUUGCUGCUGA